AUGACCCACGGCCUCACCAUCAACACCACCAGCAUGCUUGAUCCCGCCGCUGCUGCCGCCUUGCAGCACACUUACGGCUACGCUGGAAAUCACACCGUGUCUCCCACGGCUUUGCAUGGCGAGGAAGUGUCCAGAGCUUUGCAAGACGCAAGAGACUUUGGGCCAGGAUCUUCUUCCGCUUCUUCGGCCUUCACUUCCCUCCUUCACACUGGAAGGGACAACGACAGUCCAGUCUACGAUGAUGACGAGAAUCUGCCUUUCACCUCGGAUAUCUAUGAUCGCUCCUUUCAGAAUGAGCGGAACGCGGAGAAGACUGAUAGAGAUAUCAUGCCAGAGGCAUACGAGCACGAGCAUGAUUCUGAAGGGAGUGAUUUCGAAUGGGUCGAGGCCGACGCCGCCCUCCUGGUUCACUCUCAAAAGUCUGAGGUGGUCCAGGGAGCAGAGGUGGAAGGGGAAGACGAGGUGGCGGCAAAAGAGGCUCAAGGGGUGUCGUUUGGAACCCAAGAGUCAGGGUGGCAAAGGAGGCUGGACCAGACGCCCGGUAGCUUUGUGAAGGCGAUCCACCCUGCCGACGUUGCCAAACCAGAAGGAUUACUCGCGUGA